UAUACGAUCUGCAAGCAUAUGCCAUAUGCGAUCUGCAAGCAUAUGCGAUCUGCAAGCAUAUGCCAUUAUGCGAUCUGCAAGCAUAUGCCAUAUGCGAUCUGCAAGCAUAUACCAUAUGCGAUCUGCAAGCAUAUGCCAUAUGCGAUCUGCAAGCAUAUGCGAUCUGCAAGCAUAUGCGAUCUGCAAGCAUAUGCCAUAUGCAAGCAUAUGCGAUCUGCAAGCAUAUGCAACCUGCAAGCAUAUGCCAUAUGCGAUCUGCAAGCAUAUGCCAUAUGCGAUCUGCAAGCAUAUGCCAUAUGCGAUCUGCAAGCAUAUGCCAUAUGCGAUCUGCAAGCAUAUGCGAUCUGCAAGCAUAUGCAAUUUGCCAGCAUAUACGCUCUGCAAGCAUAUUAUGCAAGCAUUUGUAAUCUGCAAGCAUAUGCAACCUGCAAGCAUAUGCCAUAUGCGAUCUGCAAGCAUAUGCCAUAUGCGAUCUGCAAGCAUAUGCCAUAUGCGAUCUGCAAGCAUAUGCGAUCUGCAAGCAUAUGC